GACCACAACAUGGCUGCGGCGCCGGGACUCCUCUUGUGGCUGCUCCUGCUCAGGCCGCUCUGGCGGGUACCCGGCCAGCCGGACCCGGACACCGUCCGGCGCUUCUCGCAGCACAAACUCUGCGCGGACGACGAAUGCAGCAUGUUAAUGUACCGGGGUGAGGCUCUGGAAGAUUUUACAGGCCCGGAUUGUCGUUUUGUGAAUUUUAAAAAAGGUGACCCUGUAUAUGUCUACUAUAAACUGGCAGGGGGAUCGCCUGAAGUUUGGGCUGGAAGUGUUGGGCGUACUUUUGGAUAUUUUCCAAAGGAUUUAAUCCGCGUAGUCCAUGAAUAUACUCAAGAAGAGCUACAAGUUCCAACAGAUGAGACAGAUUUUGUUUGUUUUGAUGGGGGAAGAGAUGAUUUUGAUAAUUAUAACGUAGAAGAACUUCUAGGAUUUUUGGAAUUGUACGAUUCUGCCACUGGAGAUUCUGCGGAAGUUAAAGAAGAAACUUCUCAGCAUGUGGAAGAACCUCCUGAAGCGUCUAAGGGAAGUGACCCUGAACCUGAGCCAGUAGAACCCAACUCAGAGGAAAGUGAAAGUAUAUUAUCAGAAAACACUAAGGAACUCAGGGAAAGACACGAGGCUCAGAAGAGCCACCCCCAUGUAAAUAGUCAAACGGGUCAUGCUCAGGGAGAGCGUUCUUCAUUUGAACCUUUUGGAGAAAUGCUGCAAGAUAAGUUAAAAGUGCCAGAAAGUGAAAACAACAAAACCAGCAAUAGUUCUCAGGUCUCGAAUGAACAGGAGAAGAUGGAUGCUUAUAAACUUUUGAAAACAGAAAUGACUCUGGACUUGAAAACCAAAUUUGGCUCAACUGCCGAUGCACUUGUAUCAGAUGAUGAGACAACCAGACUCGUUACUUCGUUAGAGGAUGAUUUUGAUGAGGAAUUGGAUGCUGAGUAUUACACAGUGGGGAAGGAAGAAGAGGAGGGUGAAGAAAACUUUGAUGAGCCGCCAUUACUAACCUUUAUAGGUGGAGAAGAUACGAAAGCUCCAGCGAACUCCGGAGUUGAGAAACAUUCAACAGAGAAAGAGCAGAAUUCAAAUGAAGGCCAUGAAGUUGAGGAAACUCAGACCCCUGGCAUCAAAAACGGUGAUAAAAAUAUACUAACAACCUGGGAAGAUACCAUCUUCUCUGAUGUCACAGAAGGUAAAGAAAACACAGGUACAGAUUUAGAGAGUACUGAAUCAAAGGAAGAAAAGGAAGGGGAUGAUGCAUUAGUCCUGGACAGCAAACUGGGGAAACCACAACCAGCAGUAGAUCAUAUUGACCCUGAAAAGGCAGCAGACGGCCUUUGGAAUGUAGAAGUCCCUAACACAAAUAAUGACAAAUACCCAGAAGUGGACACAGAACUUCACAUUAAAGGAAAAGGGCGGAAGGUUGAGGAACCCGAGAGGGACCUGGUGCAGGAUGAGGCAGGAUUAGAGGAGGAGAUGCGAGAAGGCAUGACUGUGCGUGUUCCUCCUCAAAGCGGCCACCUCAGCUCCUCGCCAGCAGCUGAAAAGGGUACAGAAACAUUAAAACCAGCCUUUGCCAACCAAGAGGAUGACCUAAAAGGAGCAGCUGUUCAUAUCGCAAAAGAAAUGCUCCGUGAAGAAAAGCCUGGAGGGCAGAGUUUGGAAGGUGCCUCAGAGAGGGAAUCGGUACCUAAAGUGGCAGGGGAUCAAAGGGACGAAGGAAAGAUGAAACAGGAGUCCGUGGGUGUGGCACCACUCCUGGGCGGCCAUCAGCAUAAUGCUUCCAAAGAGAGUGUGCAGGAAGUAGAUGGUUCGGUAAACAGACCAAAACCACACAUGCUCUCGGGGGAGCAGCCAAGUGAGGAACUUAUAAAGGAAUGGCUUCUUAAACCUCAAAAUCAGACUGGACCCUCCUCCCCAGGUGAAAUUGGUUUGCCAGGAAAACCAGCAGAAGAGGGUCCCAUUCUGGGAAGAAAUGUUUCCUGGCAGCAAGGAGAUGGGGCCGCCGCAGUGAAUGAGCCAGCGAGGGAGAAGAGAAGGCUCUCUGAGGAAGAGGUCACAGAGGUCACGGCAGAUGCCUCGGAUGAAGGGCACAAGCCACUGCCGGCCACGCAGGAGGUAGGAAAAACGGGCCAAACUGAUAGCACAGAGGGACCAGGUUUCCACACUGAAAUACCAGAAGCAGAAGAUGACGACUACAGCCCCGAAGAACUACUGGAGGAUGAAAACGCUGUAAGUGCAAAACGGUCUAAAGAAAAAAGCCCUGAGAUUCAGAACAAGAGGUUAGAUGUUGGCCUGCAAGUCCCUGAAAAAGCUGUUUUAGGCGCCAUUAAGACUGAUCCUGCAACUGAAGAAAACAAAGAAGAAACUAGUAAUAUAUUGGAAAAUGAAAGAAAAAACGAGACUGCAGGUAAAGGGGUGGACAUUCUAGGCAGGGACCCAGGUAGUCCGAUGGUGGAAAAAGAAGAAAGCUCUCAUGGGGAUCAGAAAGCACAGAGACCCUCUGAAGGAAGUGACUUUCCUGGCAAGAAAGAAAAUCAGACUCCAGAGUUCAGUGAAGCGUCUCAGAAUGAAGAUCCUGAUUCUCUUAAAGAAGACAACCUUGAGGAACACCUGAAGACCUCAGGGCUCACAGACAAGCCUGGGAUAGAACUCUGGAAAGAGGAUGAGGAGGAGGUACAGAAACUCGUGGAUGCAGGAAGCCAGGGGUCUGCUUCUGAGGACCGUGACGAUGACCCAUUCCCCUGGGCUCCACGUGCACCCGUACCGCCUGAGCACAGCGUCCGCAUGGAGGACUUGCCCAUCAUCAGCAGCUUCUUUAAAGAUCAGCCGUCUCUGCAGCGCUUCCAGAAGUACUUUGACGUCCAUAAGCUGGAAGCCAUGUUCCAGGACAUGUCAUCCAAGCUGAAGUCGGCACAGCGGGAGAGCCUGCCCUAUAAUGUGGAGAAAGUCCUAGAUAAGGUCUUUCGUGCUUGGGAGUCACACAUUCUGAGCGAGGCAGAGAAGAUGCUCGAUGCUCGUGUGAUGGAGAAUAGAGACCUGGGGAUGAAGGACAGUAGCAUCUUUGAAGAGGCUGCGGUGCUAGAUGAUGUUCAAGACCUGAUCUAUUUCGUCAGGUACAAACACUCCACGGUGGAGGAGACUGCACCCUUGGCAGCGGCGCAGCCUGCAGAGGAAGGCUGGGGUGGACCAGCGGAAGACAUACAACCACCGCUGGAGGAGAAUAUUCCACAGGAGAACACAGAAGUUCUUAUAAUGCAGAUUCCUGAAGAGCCCAGCCACUUGGAUCAGCCUGUGACCAGUGACAUGGGUACAUCAGAAGUGUCCCAGGAGCCAAAUACUGAGACAGCUGGAGACCCAGGGAUAAUUACAACAGAAGUCACUCCUAUCGAUGCUGUUGAUGCAGAAAAGCAACUAGAAACAAAUGCUGAAGAACCAUCACGUGUCACACCUUUGGAAAAUGCAAUUCUUUUCAUAUACUCAUUCGUGUUUUAUUUAACUAAGACGCCCCCGCCCACUCUCCUCCUUCUCGAAGCUCCCGGGCCCAUGGAACAGCGCUUUCUCUCCCAGUUCCUGCCGCAGCUAGUUGCUACAUUGCCUGAUGAUGUUCAGCCUGGGCCUGAUUUUUAUGGACUGCCCUGGAAGCCUGUACUCACCACUGCCUUCUUAGGAAUUGUUUCACUUGCCAUUUUCUUCUGGAGAACUGUCCUUGCUGUAAAGAAUAGAGUAUAUCAAGUCACUGAACAGCAGAUUUCUGAGAAGUUGAAGAAUAUCAUGAAAGAAAAUGCAGAACUUGUACAAACAUUAUCAAGUUAUGAGCAGAAGAUCAAGGAAUCAAAGAAGCAUGUUCAAGAAACCAAGAAACAAAACAUGAUUCUCUCUGACGAAGCAAUUAGAUUUAAGGAUAAAAUCAAGAAUCUUGAAGAAACUAAUGAAAUGCUGGGUGACACAGCUAAAAGUUUGCGUGCUAUGUUAGAAUCUGAGAGAGAACAGAAUGCGAAGAAUCAGGACUUGAUAUCAGAAAACAAGAAAUCUGUAGAGAAGUUAAAAGAUGUUAUUUCAAUGAAUGCCUCAGAAUUUUCAGAGGUUCAAAUUGCCCUUAAUGAAGCUAAACUUAGUGAAGAGAAAGUGAAGUCUGAAUGCCAUCGCGUUCAAGAAGAAAAUGCUAGACUUAAGAAGAAGAAAGAGCAGUUGCAGCAAGAAAUCAAAGACUGGAGUAAAUCACAUGCUGAGCUCAGUGAACAAAUCAGAUCAUUUGAGAAGUCUCAGAAAGAUUUGGAAGUAGCUCUCACUCACAAAGAUGAUAAUAUUAAUGCUUUGACUAAUUGCAUUACACAGUUGAAUCAGUUAGAUUGUGAAUCUGAAUCUGAGGGUCAAAAUAAAGGAGGAAAUGAAUCAGAUGAAUUAGCAAAUGGAGAAGUGGGAGGUGACCGGAGUGAGAAGGUGAAAAAGCAGAUUAAGCAGAUGAUGGACAUUUCCCGGACACAGACUGCAAUAUCAGUAGUUGAAGAGGAUCUAAAACUUUUACAAUUUAAACUUAGAGCCUCCAUGUCCACUAAAUGUAACCUGGAAGACCAAAUAAAGAAAUUAGAGGAGGAUCGCAGUUCUCUGCAGUCUGCCAAAGCUGUACUGGAAGAUGAAUGCAAAACACUGAGGCAGAAAGUGGAGAUUCUGAAUGAGCUCUAUCAGCAGAAGGAGAUGGCUCUGCAAAAGAAAUUGAGUCAAGAAGAGUAUGAGCGGCAAGAAAGAGAGCAGCGGCUGUCAGCUGCAGAUGAACAGGCGGUUUUGGCGGCAGAGGAAGUGAAAACGUACAAGCGGAGAAUUGAAGAAAUGGAGGAAGAAUUACAGAAGACAGAGCGCUCAUUUAAAAACCAGAUCGCUACUCAUGAGAAGAAAGCUCACGAUAACUGGCUCAAAGCUCGUGCUGCAGAAAGAGCUAUAGCUGAAGAGAAGAGAGAAGCUGCCAACUUGAGACACAAAUUACUGGAACUAACCCAAAAGAUGGCAAUGCUGCAAGAAGAACCUGUGAUUAUAAAACCAAUGCCAGGAAGACCCAACACACAAAGCCUUCCACGGAGAGGUCCCCUGAGCCAGAAUGGCUCUUUUGGCCCAUCUCCUGUGAGUGGUGGAGAAUGCUCCCCGCCGCUGACAGCAGACCCACCCGCAAGACCUCUGUCUGCUACGCUUAACCGAAGAGAGGUGCCUCGGAGUGAAUUUGAUCCAGAAUCUGGUGCAGCUCCCAUGAUGAACAGUAGCUCAAGAAGCUCUUCCCCCUCUAAGGUGAUGGAUGAGGGCAAGGUUAAUAUGGCUGCAAAAGGGCCCCCUCCUUUUCCAGGGGCACCCCUCAUGAGCUCCCCCGUGGGAGGCCCUCUACUACCACCCAUUCGAUACGGACCACCUCCUCAACUCUGUGGGCCUUUUGGGCCUCGGCCACUUCCUCCGCCCUUUGGUCCUGGUUUGCGUCCACCACUUGGCUUAAGAGAAUAUGCACCAGGCGUUCCACCAGGAAAACGGGACCUGCCUCUUGACCCUCGAGAAUUCUUACCAGGACACGCACCUUUUAGACCUUUAGGCUCUCUUGGCCCAAGAGAGUACUUUAUCCCUGGUACCCGAUUACCACCCCCAACCCACGGCCCCCAGGAUUAUCCACCUUCCUCUGCUGCAAGAGACUCACCGGCUUCCGGCUCCAGAGGUGAGCCCCCGCCUGCCUCUCAGAGCACUAGCCAGGGCUGUUCGCAGGCUUUCACACAGAGCCCGUAACUGACCUCGGACUUCUAGUCUGAGAGAAAGUGGACUGUGCGCUGUUCAUGACGGUAGAGGAUUUUCACUGGCUUCAGAAUCCAAAAGUUGAUUUUAAAAGGUUUGUUUUUAGAACUAAGCUGCCUUGGCAGUGUGCAUUUUUGAGCCAAACAGUUAAAAAAUAUCAUUUCCCCCUCCCAAAAUAAAAAUCACCUUGUAAGCUAGAGCCUCCUUACAACUUUGAAAUGUGCAAUAAAGAAUACCUGUGUUUUA